AUGGUUGACAAGGGUAAAAAGGUUAACAAGGACAUAGAAGUUGAAAAGGUUAAAGAGGUUGACAAGGUUAAAAAUAUUAGAGAUAACUCGAUCACUUUUAGAAUUAGAAGAUUUAAAGAAAAUCUUGCAAUGCAUCGUAAACAAUUACUUGUUAAGCCAACAACAAUUGAUUUACCUCGUACUAAAUGUGUGCUUAUUGUUGCCGACUUAUCAAAUUCUCGUAAAGCCAUAGUUCAUUAUGUUUGUUCGAUUCUUCCAAAAACACCUGUACCCGAGAUUGACAUUGCUAAUGAUUACGCCGAAGCUUAUGAAAAAAUCAGCAAUUUAAAAUUUUAUUCGCACAUUUUGAUAAAUUUAGUUUCACAAUCACACGUGAUCUCACUUGCAUCAACCAUCAAACAUUCAAAUCACUUAUCACUAACAGCGACUGUGAUCUUAACUACACAGAUACAACGUGCUGGUAUAGUUGAAGGGGCACAAGGUGAAUUUCCAGAACAUGUUGAUUUUAUUUUCAAGCCAUUGAACAGGAGUAAAAUGGAGGGGUUGUUUGAUGAUACGACCACUUUCAGAGAUAGUUUCUUGAAGAGAAGAAACACACAUAAGGUUGUUGCUAGUCAAAAAGAAGUUUUUCAAAGAAUGGCUGAAGAUGUUGGCGAUCGAGGAUAUAAAGUUUUAUUGGUAGAAGACAAUUUUGUAGGAUUAGAAGUAACUGUAGCUGUUAAUGGUGAUCAAUGUUUAGAACAAUUUUUUUCGCAUCCUCAUAAUUAUUUUUCUUUUAUUUUGUGUGAUCUGUUUAUGCCCAAAAAAGAUGGUUAUGAAACAACGAUCGAGAUUAGAAAAUGGGAAGCUGAAAAUUUAAAAGAUUUAGAUGACGACACACCAAUCCCAAUAAUAGCAUUGUCAGCAAAUGUAAUGUCCGAUGUUGUUUCAAGAUGCUUAAAAGUAGGAUUUACAGAUUAUGUCAGCAAACCUGUAAAUUUUGCAAUUCUAAGUAAUGUAAUAAGAAGCAUAUUGAAACUUGAUAACAAAAAUGUAACAACUAAAUAA